AUGCCCCGCGCCCGGCCGCCGCCUCCGCCGCCGCGGAGAAUGGAGGCGCCGCCGCUGCCGGGCUUCUCCGAGGAGCAGUUUCGGGCCGCCUGCCGGGAGCUGGACCAGCCUGCACCGGCUGCGGGGGGACCCUGGCAGCUCCUGGUGGAGAGUAUGGGCGUGAGGAUCUACCGGCUGUACGACGAGCAAUCAGGACUUUAUGAGUAUAAAAUCUUCGGUGGUCUUGCUGACUGUCCCCCAAAACUGUGUGCAGAUGUCUAUAUGGACCUAGAUUUCAGAAAACAAUGGGAUCAGUAUGUUAAAGAGCUACAUGAGAAAAUAUAUGAUGGUGAAAAAGUAAUCUACUGGGAAGUGAAGUACCCUUUUCCUCUCUCAAACAGAGAUUAUGUCUAUAUUCGUGAAUGUCGAGAGAUGGAUGUUGAUGGGCGGAAGAUCUGGGUUGUGUUAGCUCAAAGUGUGUCUGUUCCUCAGUGCCCUGAAAAGCCUGGUAUUGUCAGAGUUAAAAGCUAUAAACAAAGUCUGGCAAUUGAAAGUGAUGGCAAGACUGGAUCUAAAGUCUAUAUGUACUAUUUUGAUAAUCCUGGUGGCAUGAUUCCAUCAUGGCUGGUCAACUGGGCUGCCAAGAGUGGUGUGCCUACUUUCUUGAAGGAUAUGCAAAAAGCUUGCCAUAAUUAUUCUAAGAACACGUAGAUCGAAGUUGAUCUUAGUUGUUUAACUCAUAGAGCUCUGCACUUACGGGAGUGGCCAUUGUAUAUUACACUGGAUAAAAUCUACCUCUAAUAUUGGAAAGAUUUUUAUUUUACUUGGUUUAUGCCUUGAAUUUUAUUAGAUCUUUGUUUCCAUCUCCAACUGAAGAGCUAGCCACUGACAAGGUAACACCAACAUCAGCUGCAUCCUCUAGAAAGUACUUAAGUUUAGCCUUGUCCCCCAUGCUUUGCUUAUGCUGAUUGUAAUGUGUCAGCUAGAGGAAUUCCAUUGAUUACAUCCUUGGACAACAGACAAUGAUCUUGCUAGGAAAAAUGUCUGAACUUGGACUGAAAAUUCUCUGCAUGUGUUAUGCCUGGAUCUGCCUUUGUGGCCUUGCAGGGUGGCUUCCUACUGAAAUUGAAUAAUGGAACUUGCAUUGCUUAGGAGGAAACACUUUUGCUACCCAAGUUUGUCAUUGUAAACUGUCUGCCUGCUAUAAACCUAAAAAUGCUGAGGGCAUAUAGGUAAAUUACUAGAAGUCUGCGGUAGGAACCGGAACUCUGUGUUACUAAGCUUCCUUGUGAUUGCUUUAAGUCCAGAUAUAAAAGGACUUGUGCCUAAAGCCUUGGACUCACAUCUCAAUAUCCCUGUGUGAAAAGUAAAAACCAGUAGCUCUGUACAGCUAGUAAAAAAGGAGGAGUUGGCUUCCAUGUCUGAUUUAAGGGUAGCAAGUUGUAUCUUCAGAGUCAGUAGCUUUAUCUAUAAAGCAGCUUGGAUACCAACUUUAAACUGGAAGUAAUUUUAAAAGGCAUGCCUGCAACUGAAUGUGAAUGAACUUGAUGUGAAACUUUGGCUUGCUUGCAUUUUUAAAUUUCAUGCUGAUUGUAAAGAGUAAAACUGUAAUUUUGGAUGGUAAUCCACUAAAAGUACAACUGAGCAGGAAAUUAAAUUUCCAUCACCUUUGCGGGGUGUUGGGCGGGGGGGAGUGGGGAGGGUGGAGCGCAUAAAAGGUGAGAGGUCCUCAAUCUCAGGGAUUUAAAAUAUUCUGCAUCAUUACUAAAUCUGAUCCUGUUACUGAACAAAUCUUGUAAUGGGGUAGCUUUGUCUUGUUAAAAAAGAAAUGAUUGAAGUGAUUGCCUUUAUACUUUGUGUAAAUAUUUGUUUCCAAUAAAUCAUUAUUCUAUCCA